AAAAAAUCCCUGCUUUUUUUCUCUCUCUUCUCUCUCUUUGGCCCUCACUACUACUAUAAGCUCUUGUUUAGUGCUUCACUAGCAAAACCCACCUCCAAAACUCUCUCCUCCGUUCACAUCCUCCUCCGUUAACACCCUCCUCCUCCCUUCUCCUCUCUCACCACCCCCACUUGUCAUUUUGUUGGUUGCAUCUCCUAACCCAACUCUUUGCCUUCUCUUCACUUACCACCUUUGUCUUUAGCUGUGGAAGGUGUUUAAGGUCGCAAGAGACUAUGUAUCAGAGUGAAGCCGGUGUUGGGUAAUCUAAUCUUCUUUCUGCUGUUUUCCAAUGGUCUGGAUGCCAUUUUCUUUUCUCUCUUCCUUCUGUCUUCAUUUCUAUUUCUAGUUGGGGAAAGAAUAAAGAAGGUUUUCCACAAGUCAUCUCCCCUCCAUCCAUCAUUUUCUUUUCUUAGCUAGUCUGUUGUGUUGACCACCCUUCUCUCUCUCCCUUUCAAUGGUAAUAGUGUAGAGAGAGAGAAGGAGCUAGCUAGUUUAGUCUGUUUCCUUAUCUUGGUGUUGUUCUCAUUGCCAGCUCCAGUCAACAUUGCUGGCUGAAUUUUCUAGUUAGUUUUUAUUUUUGUCACUGACCUUAGAGGAAACAAGAUGGAUAUUCAAAAUCUAGGCGGUUGAAGGAACUCCCUAAUGUUGCUUUCUUCUUUCCAUUAAAGGUCUGGUCUUGUGGAGUGUCCCUUUGGGUGCAGCAGACCCCAUAAAGAAAAGGUCUCUCCAGCUCUCCCUCUCACAUGUCCAAAGCAGCUGCAAUUCAAUUGUCUGGGACCAAAGCUUGUGUCUGAAAUUGUGUGGCUAGAGUGGGUCAUUGUUUUUGGGGUUUGGAAGGAGGAAAAGGGGUUUUGACAUAUGGAGUGAUGAGUCCUCAUAACUGUGGGUUUCUCUUUUGCUCCUAAAAGAGUGGGCAGUUUGUUAAGAGAGAACUCCUAGGAAUUUAAGGGCUGGGGCAGCUAGCAGGGCAACCACUUUUUUAAUUUAAUGAUUAAGGCCCUCUAAUUCUUUUGGUGUCUUGUUCCUCCCUUCUCUUUUGGUCUCCAAACAAAGUAACAAGACAGAAACAAAAACAAGGAACAAGGAAGAGAGGAAGUAGUGUAGCUAUAGAGAGAGAGAAAUGGAACUAACAAGUCAAGAAGGGGAGAUCCCAAUUCCAAUAAACAGUGCAUAUGGAGGUGGUGGGGGACAUGGGCAUGGGCAUGGACAUGGGCACAUGAUCCAUCAUGAUCCUGCUCCCCACAACCACAUAAUUCAUUCUUCAGCACCCCAAAUACCUUCCAAUGGCCCGCCCAUACCCUCAACUCUGGAAGACCAUGUGCCCUACAAAAAAGCUGUGAGGUACAGAGAAUGCCUGAAGAACCAUGCAGCUGCCAUGGGAGGGAAUGCCACCGAUGGGUGUGGUGAGUUCAUGCCUGGUGGGGAGGAAGGUACCCUUGAAGCCCUCAACUGCUCAGCCUGCCACUGCCACAGAAACUUCCACAGAAAAGAAGUUGAAGGUGAGAGAUCCUCCUGUGACUGCUUCCACUCCCCACACCUCAACAGAGUCGGGAGGAAAGUCAUUUUGGGCCACCACAAAAAUAUCAUAGGUCCAGAAGCUUUAGGCUACCCUACUGGAACUCUCAUCUCCUCCAGACCACCUCCUCCCCACCAGAUGAUAAUGUCCUACAACAUGGGGUCCCUCCCCUCCGAGUCUGAUGAACAAGAAGAUGGUGGUGGUGGUAUUGUUGCCAGGCCUCCCCAACUUGUCAAGAAAAGGUUCAGAACAAAGUUCAGCCAGGAACAAAAAGAGAAAAUGCUCAGCUUUGCAGAGAAAGUUGGUUGGAAAAUUCAGAAGCAAGAAGAAGCCGUGGUGCAACAGUUCUGCCAAGAGAUUGGUGUCAAAAGACGAGUCCUCAAGGUCUGGAUGCACAACAACAAGCACAACCUAGCCAAGAAGACCCCCCUUCCCUCCUCUGAUGAUUAAAUUCUCCAUUUUACUUACUAUCUGUUGCUUUCCUCUACUAGCUACCUAGCUCAAAAGUCUUUUUUUUUUCCUCUCUCUCCCUCCUCUUUUAAUAUCAUUUCCUUCUCAUUUGGAUCUGUUUCUUGAGCUGGAAAAGAAAAAAAAAAUAAUAUGGGCCAUGUAAUGUAGCUUUAGGCAAAUUGGGUUUCAGUUGUGGGUUAUGUUCUUGUCCAAUCCCUUCACUGUAGGAAUGGAUUGGAAUACUCUUUCAGGUUGUUCUAUGUAUUAAUAUUGUAAUCUAGGCAAAAGUUUCUUAGCUUAAUUUAAUCCCUUCUUCCCCCCUUUCAA